GGACGUGUCAGUCCUCAGUCAAGAAAUGUCUGAUCACUGAUCAGCCGUCUACGUGACUUUUCUGAUGUUUGAUUUUAGACCCAGCUGGACAAACGUGGCUUCGAGAUGGAUUACAAAUAUAAUACCGGACUAGAACUGCUGCUGGCUCACAUGGAUGUAGAGGAUAUUAUCAACGCCGCUGAAACUCUGUACCAGCUGGAGGAAGAGGGAGGCUUGUCCUUUGAUGAAGAGGGUCUCUCACAGGAGGAUCUGGAUGAAACCGAGGAGACAGGCGAGAUGGUUGACUUGGGAAGUGAGCAAAAGGAAUACGAUGAUGGGGUUGGUGGUGUUCGGUACGGGACAGUGGCAGACCUCCUGUCCUUUGUAAACCUCCUGUCCAACAUGCAGGCAACGACCCUGCAGCACCUUCCUGAAGAGAUGGGAGUUCUCCUGAGCAAGAACUUGGCUGUUAAAAAAGGUCGCUACAAGAUCAACAUGGACGUGCUUCUCUUUCCAUGGAAACUGACCUACAAGCAUUCCAGCUCUGGCCUCGUGCCUAAGGGCUCAUUCGGGAAAGUCCACUUAGCUCAGGACACCACCACAAGGAAGCGAAUGGCCUGCAAACUGAUCCCCAUUGAGAACUUUAAAGCCGCCGAUGUAGAGUUCCAGGCCCGCUUCCGGCACGAGAACAUGGCCGAGCUGUACGGCGCCGUGCUGUGGGACCGAAGCAUCCACCUGUUCAUGGAAGCCGGUGAGGGCGGCUCAGUCCUGGAGAAGCUGGACAACUGCGGACCCAUGAGGGAGUUCGAGAUCAUCUGGGUGGCCAAGCAAGUCCUGCGGGGCCUGGAGUACCUGCACUCCAAAAAUGUCAUCCAUCACGACAUCAAACCCAGCAACAUCGUCCUCAUGUCGGACAAGGCGGUGCUGGUGGACUUUGGUUUGGCCGUGCAGAUGACUGAAGACGUAUACAAUCCCAGAGACCUCAGAGGAACAGAGAUGUACAUGAGCCCAGAGCUGGUUCUCUGCAGAGGACAUGACACCAAGACAGAUAUUUACAGCCUCGGCACCACCAUCAUUCAUAUGCAGACUGGCAGUCCUCCCUGGGUCAGGAGGUACCCACGCACCGCCUAUCCAUCUUAUCUCUACAUUAUCUACAAGCAGGCCCCUCCUUUAGAGGACAUACCAGAGAACUGCAGCAUGGACAUGCGCUCCUUUUUGGAGCGAGCCUUGGAGAGGAAUCCCACACUGCGGAGCUCAGCAUCUGAGCUGCUGAAGGAUGGAGCCAUCAAUCCACCCAGGGAGGAUCAGCCACGCUGCUGGAGCCUCGACUCCGCCCUGGAAGAGGCCACCCACACCUUGUCACGCCAGCAGAGCCAGCACCAUGACACCAUACAAGAAUCGUCUCUUUACUCCGAAAGUUCUGGUCACAUAAGAAGGAAUGGAUCAUUGUACAUUGACCUUGGAGCUUUGUCAGGUUAUGGCAAACUGUCAACAGGGCCCUCGCCCCAGAAUAUGGCUGUCACCUAACUGCAUAACACCAGUAAUGAAGCUUCAGCUUCUUUGAGUUAAACCGAUGGACAAAUGCUACAUGGCUCAUAAAUAAAGUGAAGGAUGCCUGGGAAUCACAGACUGCAUAUAAAAUAUAUCUGUUAGAGUACACUUUAGUUUCCCAACUGGUUUCCUAACUGGUCCCACAGACCACUCAACAAGCUUUUACACUAAACCACAUUCAUAGAGCUUUUAAUACUGUAGUCUUUUUCUUUAUCACACACCAUCACUGACCAUCCACCUGGCAACCACUCCCCCACCCCAGUCCUCCUAUAUUUGUGCAUCCUUAGCUCUGAAAGAAGGAAAUUAUCCAAUAAAAAAAUGACUGAUGGAAAAUGGAUGGAUGGAAAAUGAACGUUAUGUGAAGGAAGGGAAGUCAGCUGGAGCAAGCCUCCAGAAAUCAGCUUGUGUGUAAAUAUUAGUACCUGUGCUGGAAAUGGAUUGAACAAGCUAAGUCUGAAAUGGACAACACUGCAGGAUAGUGAUUGUAUAUUUUAGCUUUUAAAAUGUAAGCUAUCUAUUUAAGUAUGUGUGCAUUGCACAGACAUGUUCUGUAUGAUUUAUAGUUCUUUAUGGACCUCCUGUUAAUUCCUGUGGAAUACUAAUAACAAUGCUGUGCUAUGCAAAGGAAACUUCUGUAGAAAGAAUGUCUGAUCUGCAUUGUGUACAUCUUGUAAUGUGAUUUAAGACUAAUUUACUUAACAUUUUCUUGUCUUUAAUUCUAUUCAUUUCAUUGUAGUACAAUUAUAAUCCAAUUAAAACCAAUUAGCUAAGAUAAGCUAGGUACUUUGCUAUGAUGCGUGGUGUAUUGAUAUUGUCAAGAAAGUUUUGUAACAGCACUUAAAUACACAAUAAAAUGUGUUGUAUCAUAUUGCAU